CCAUUGCCACCGGUCAGAAGUAGUAAACGAUUACGCUAUAGCAGUAUAGCAUCUUUCUUUCACAUUCGGUGACCGAUGUAGUUUGUUUUGCUAUAACUUACGGAAUACGGAUUUACAACAGCCAAAAUGGUUGCCAAUACCUCUACUGCUACAAUUCGGACCCGCAAGUUCAUGACCAACCGACUGCUAUGCAGAAAACAAAUGGUUGUUGAUGUCAUGCAUCCAGGAAAACCUUCUCCUAAAAAAACUGAUAUUCGUGAAAAAUUAGCGAAAAUGUUCAAAGUUUUGCCAGAUGUUGUAUUUGUCUUUGGUUUCCAAACAUGUUUUGGAGGUGGAAAAUCGACAGGUUUUGCUCUUAUCUAUGACACAUUAGAUCACGCCAAAAAGUUUGAACCCAAAUAUAGGCUUCAAAGGCACGGACUUUUCGAAAAGAAAACUCAAACCCGAAAACAAAGAAAGGAAAGGAAAAACAGGAUGAAGAAGGUGCGAGGUACCAAAAAGACUAAAGUUGGGGCCACCUCUGGAAAGAAGUAAAAUGAUCGUUAGAGGUGUAUGAAUGAACUUUGCAGGGCUAUCAAUAUGCUUGUGAAUGUAAAUAAAACACUUCUUUAAUUAAAUUGUUGGACUUCUUCCAUAA